UUCGUGUGUGUGUAUAAAUAAUAUACGUACAUUAUACAUAUAAUAUGCACGGCACUUUUUACUCGACACUCUACGUUUCAUAUCUAUGUACAUCAUUUAUUUCUGUAAUAUUUUGAUUUAAUAUUUUUAUCCUAAAAAGUGAAUAACAAUUCAUCAUCAUUUGACGCAACUGUUCACACUUAAUAAGAUACAUGUUGCGAGAACAUAUCGUUGUAGUAAUAGUUUAAAGAUUUUUCAUGUUAACGAUGAAUCUCAUCGAUAACAGGCAUUAUUACGUAAAAGACGAUACAAUAUUUAUAGAAAGUGUAGAAUUUUAUAAUUUUCAUGAACUGUCAAACUAUUAGGUUAAGUUGGUUGAAUACGAAAGCGUCAUUGCACCGGCGCUAAAGUUUGUUAUUGUCGUAUCGUAUUGAUUAUUGGUGUUGGCCGUGUUUUAAAGUGAUAGUGGCACCGAUUUUUGGUAAAAACAAAUGAAUAAUCAGUGGGAGAGAAGCGAUAAAAGUUUAAAAAUUUUGUCCAUGCAGAAAGAUGUUUAUCGUUUUAUGAAUAAUUAUACUUUGUCCGUGUUUCUUACUUGAAAACGGCAGGUAACAAGACUGGUAAACAAAGGCUGAUUUAUAAUAGAAUACAUACUCAAAUGGCAAUCUGUAUAUCGAAACUGCUUACUUUUUAUUAACUGGUACUUGGUAUCUUUAAACUAAAAAUAUGGAUUCUGCCACUGAAUCUGAACAUAUAGAGAGAUUAGCAAAAGAAGCUGAAAGUUUAAAAAUACGCUUAGAAGAUGAACGACAGAAAUUAAACGAUAUCACCCUUGCCAGUGUAGCAGAUAGACUCGAAGCGAUUAGUUGUAGUAAUGUGAAACCACGUCGUGUUUUAAAAGGUCAUCAAGCAAAAGUUCUUUGCUCCGAUUGGUCACCCGAUAAACGUCAUAUCGUUUCUUCUUCGCAGGAUGGCAAAAUGAUAAUAUGGGAUGCUUUUACGACAAAUAAAGAAUACGCGCUUACCAUGCCAACUAUCUGGGUUAUGGCAUGCGCUUACGCUCCAAGCGGUACUCUUGUUGCUUGCGGAGGAUUAGAUAAUAAAGUUACGGUAUAUUCUUUAAGUUCGGAAGAUGAACCGUCGACUCGAAAAAAAACUGUUGCUACGCAUACAUCUUACAUGUCUUGUUGCGUAUUUCCUAAUAGCGAUCAACAAAUUUUAACGGGUAGCGGAGAUAGUUCGUGCUCUUUAUGGGAUGUGGAAAGCGGUCAACUGUUGCAAAGCUUUCUUGGUCAUUCCAGUGAUGUUAUGUCCAUCGAUUUAGCACCAAGCGAAACUGGCAACACAUUUGUUUCUGGUAGUUGUGAUAAAAUGGUUCUGAUAUGGGAUAUGCGCACCGGUCAAUGCGUUCAAAGUUUCGAAGGGCACCAAUCCGAUGUUAACUCUGUAAAAUUUCAUCCUGGUGGCGAUGCGGUAGCGACAGGUUCCGACGAUGCAACUUGUCGUCUGUUCGAUUUACGCGCUGAUAGAGAAAUAGCAGUUUACGCAAAAGAAAGUAUAAUAUUUGGGGCAAAUGCUGUUGACUUGAGCGUUAGCGGACGUCUACUUUUCGCGGGUUACAAUGAUUACACUGUAAAUAUAUGGGAUACUUUAAAAUGUCAACGAGUUGCGUUUUUAUAUGGACAUGAAAAUCGUGUAUCUUGUUUACGAGUUUCUCCAGAUGGGACUGCCCUGUCUACUGGAAGCUGGGAUUCAACUUUACGAGUUUGGGCUUAGUUUCGAUAGAAUUACAUCUACCAUCUCGUUAUAUCAUUAGAUAAAAUUCAAAUAUUUCUUUAUGCAAAAUGUAAAUCUUAAAACCUACGCGAUCAGAUUAAUCCUUUGAUUUCAAGUACGAUACCCAAAAAAUAACACGAUAGGUAAAUUAUUGUAAUAUAAGAACAUUGUUAUAGUCAUUACGUAAACAUUGUAAAAAAAAAAAAAAAAAAAAAAAAAAUAAGUGAGAUUAGAAAUCGUGAUUAAAUGUCACGAUUAUAACAAUGUGAUAGUUUGACAUUAAUCAUUUUUAGGCUGGUCCUAAUUUAUAGGAAAUCGCGCGAAUAGUUCAUCUAUUUAAUCAAAUAUGUUAUUAUCCUACAUAAAACUUAAUAAAAGAUCGAUUGACGCA